AUGUCCUCAAAUAUCCCCAACAGCAUGAAGCCAGAGCCUGCGCAGGGCGAGGCAGAUGCUCAGAGCAUCGCGAAGGGCACUGUGGAGACUGGACAUACGGAUAUCGGCUAUGAAUAUUACCUCCAAUCCCAAGGCAUGGAUCCGGCACAGAGAGAAGCCAUUGCGAAAAAAGUCCUCCGAAAGAUUGAUUUCAUCCUUCUUCCAGCUAUGUGCCUCGUUUAUCUACUCUCUUUCCUAGACAAACAGACGCUCAACUAUUCCAACGCAUAUGGGCUGCAGAAAGAUCUCGGUCUCGAAGGCCGCGAUUAUUCCUGGGUGGCAUCCAUCACGAACAUCGGUUAUCUGGUUUUCUCGUACCCGUCGAGCUGGUGCCUUCAGCGGUUUCCCAUCGGAAAGUUCGUUUCGAUCAUGAUUCUAUGCUGGGGCGUCUUGCUUGUCGCCACGGUCGGGGCCAAGAACUUCGCCGGCAUCAUGACUCUUCGGUUCAUACUCGGCGGACUGGAAGCCUGCAUCGGGCCGGCAUGGAUGCUUGUCACGUCCAUGUUUUGGACCAGGGAUGAACAACCUCUACGAAUGUGCAUCUGGCUGGGUUGCAAUGGUAUUUCUCUUAUGCUGGGUUCCGGAAUUUCGUGGGGACUGGGCACUACGACACAUACCGCGUUGGCCUCAUGGCAGCUCAUCUUUUUGGUCAUCGGAGUCAUUACUUUGUUCUUCGGCGCCAUUGCAUUCUUCUUCUUCCCCUCGAGCCCAGUCGACUGCAAAUUCUUCACGCAUGAAGAGCGCGUGGUGUCGGUCUGGCGCGUAGCCGACAACCACACUGGUAUCAAGCACAGCCAAUUCCUUCCAUACCAGAUGAAAGAGGCGUUUCUUGAACCGCGGGUGUGGUGCGUCGCCUUACAACAGAUCUCCAUCGGAAUCAUCAACGGCAGUAUUACGAACUUCAUGAGCUCCCUGCUCAAAGGCUUCGGCUAUGAUUCCGUCGAGAUCAUCACUUGGCAGUUGCCCAAUGGGGCAUUUCAGCUAGUCUGCACCGUAAUCGCUGGAUUCAUCGCCUCACGCUUCAGAAAUAUGACUGUCCUCAUGAGCGUCCUCGUUCAGGUCCCGUCCCUGGCUGGUAUCAUCGGUAUUGCCCUCAUCCCGCUGGACCAUCGUCUCGCACUCACAGCCUGUUGCUGGCUUCUCGGCAUCAUUGGCGCAGCCAUCAUUUUGAACUGGUCUAUAGUGGCCUCAAACUUCGCCGGUCACUCAAAGCGAAUGACGGUCAACGGCCUCAACUUCAUCUGCUACGCCGGCGGCAACAUCAUCGGGCCGUUCAUGUUCGACCCGGACGAGUCACCUCGGUACAUGUCUGCUAUCAAAGCUCUCUGUGGAGUUUAUGCCAGUUGUAUGUUCUUCACUGCUUGCAUCGGGGUUCUUAUGUGGUGGGAGAAUAAGAAGCGUGACGCACGAAUUGGAAGCAUUGCCGGGACUGAAGCCAACGACGGACAUGAUGAGGCUGAGGCCAACGAAGUUGGAUUCAGUGACCGCACGGAUAAGGAGAAUCCUCAUUUCAGAUACAAACUCUAA